AUGUACCAGAUGCCAUCCUCACUGCGAAGGCUAUCUGCAACGAUUUUGGUAUUCUGCGAGCCAAGUGAUGUGUUCGGGCUAUGGCAGAAACAUAUAAAUGCAAUGUCAGAGGACUACCGACGCAACUGUCCUUUCUCCACGGCUGUGGAACAAAUGGUGCUGAUUGACCUUAGAAAUAUGUUGCAAUCGAUGGGGAAGGACAUAAAGUCAUUCCCACUACCCAAUAUCGAUGACACCUAUGACACAGCAAGCGGUAUCCCACAUGAGAUCUUUGAGGAGGCAAGCAUAGCUCCCAGUGCAGAUGAUGUGGCGUUGUCCGAGUCCUUGAACAGCGAGCAGAGGGCUGCAUAUGAUGAGAUCAUGGCCGCGAUUGACACGGAUGAAGGCGGCUUGUUCUUUGUGGAUGGACCCGGCGGCACUGGGAAGACUUUUCUUUACAGGGCCCUGCUCGCUAGAGUACGUAGUGAGAACAAGCUUGCUGUGGCGACAACUACAUCUGGUGUUGCCGCCUCCAUCAUGCCUGGUGGAAGAACCGCCCACUCACACUUCAAAAUACCACUUACUAUUGAGGAUGGUGGAUUAUGUAGCUUCACGAAACAAAGUGGUACUACAAAGCUACUACGGGGAACAUCUCUUAUAAUUUGGGAUGAGGCUACUAUGACAAAGAGGCAAGCGGUGGAGGCUCUUGACAAAAGCUUGACGGAUAUAAUGGAUCGACCGGAGAUGCCGUUUGGUGGGAAGACUGUUGUUUUCGGUGGAGAUUUCAGGCAGGUCCUCCCUGUUAUCCGGAAGGGGUCGAGGGCUCAAAUAGUCGACGCUUCACUGCGGAGGUCGUACCUUUGGGAUUCGAUGCGGCAUCUAAAGUUGGUGCGUAACAUGCGGGCACAGAGCGACCCAUGGUUUGCAGAUUAUCUCUUGCGCAUCGGUGGUGGAACAGAGGAGGUAAAUGGUGAUGGAGAUGUCUGUCUCCUGGACCAUAUAUGUGUGCCUUAUUCUGGAUAUGGUAAGGAUCUUGAUAGAUUGAUUGAAUGCAUGUUCCCAAAGCUAAAUGAGAACAUGGCAAGCAAAAACUACAUCACUUCAAGGUUGUACAUUGUGCUAUCUAGAGCAACUGCCAGAUCAAACAUUAAGAUCCUCGCACUCCCACCUAAUGCUGAUGAAGGCGACAAGGAAGAUGAAAACAAGGAUAAGAAGAAAUCCCAGAAGAAGGACAAGAGAAAACCAAGUGUGAAGGAGAGGAAAAAAAUGUUGGAUAAUGAGAAGAAAAAGAUGCCGAUGAGAAAUGGUACAUACACAAAGAAUAUUGUGUAUAAGGAGGUCCUAACGCUAUAG